AUGGACGGACGUUUUAAUCACGCACAUUUAAGACAUACCAAACAUUUGGAUUUUCUUGACAAAUGGGAGAACUAUAAAUUACCUGACGAUGAAAUUGCCGUUCCUCUGAAGCAUCAACCUCCUUCAACUAGUGAUAAUGAUGACUUCAAUAAUUUAUUGCCAGAACAACUCAAACCAGGAAAUAAAAAAUGGGCUGAUCUCUCUUUAGACUUUCUGAAUGAUGAAUCACAACAACAAAGUCAAAAUCAACUACAAUCACAAACAAAUUCAACAAAUUAA